AUCCAUGAGUCAUGAUUUUUAGAAUGUGCUUUACUUAAUGGACCUCAACAAUUUAGACUCGAUUUUUUUUCUUGAUUUUUCGAUAUUUUGACUUUGAAGGUCAAAUAGUUUGUAGAGGUUGAGUUCUUGUGCUUCAAAUGGCGGCACUAUUGUAUUGUUUUUGGUUGAUAUUUGCUUUUAAAUGCUAUGUUUUGCUCUGAAAUUACUUGCAAGAAAAGUAGAGUGCCGAUCGAGGUAGCUAUACCCUACUGGGAAACCCAUUCUUUCCUAGAAUCAAGGUGCCACGUGGGCUUGAGAGCAUUAGUAGGGCAACAAGAUCUGAAGAGUAAAAAGAUCGAAACCAAACCCAUUCUUGAAUGUGAAGAUGAUGCGCAAAAGAGUUGUGCUUUCUUGUCUUCCCUCUACUCAUCCUGUUGCUGUUCCCCUCAUCAACAAUUUCAUGGCUUUGUUUCAUUCGAGACCGAGACAAACCCAUCUAGGAAAUCGACCUCGGGGCCCAAAGUCACCAAUCUUGAGGAUGCCUUGAAGGUGUUCGAUGAAAUGCUUCACUCCCGUCCUCUGCCUUGUGUUAUCCCUUUCACUCAGAUCUUGGGUCAACUUGUCACAUUGAAACACUAUUCUGCACCUAUCCCUCUGUUUAAACAAAUGCUUCUCUGUGGAAUUGUUCCUAAUCACUAUACUCUCUCUAUCAUCAUCAACUGCUAUUGCCAUUUGAAUCAAAUGGGUUUUAGUUUGUCUGUCUUGGGACAAUUCUUCAAAUUGGGUCUUCAACCAAAUGUUAUUACCUUCUCCACUCUAAUCAACGGCUUUGUUCUCCACAAUCAAGUGCCUGAGGCUGCACGAAUUUUCACCAAAAUGCUGCAGGCAGGUCAUUGUAAGCCCAAUGUGGUUACUUUUAACACUCUAAUAAAGGGCUUUUGCAUGAUCGGAAACAACAAUGCAGCUAUUCAGUUACUUGGGAAGAUGGAAGAAAUAGGAUGCGAGCCUGACACAGUUUCCUAUAACACCAUCAUCGACAGUCUUUGUAAGGAUACACUAAUUGAUGAAGCAUUCAACCUCUUCUCAGAAAUGAUUACUAGAGGUAUUGCUCCGAACGUUGUUACUUACACCUCUUUGAUUCAAGGAGUUUGCGAUAUAGGCCAGUGGAAACAAGCUACAAGGCUGUUGGAUGAAAUGUUGAGUAAAGGUAUCUUUCCAGAUGUAGUCACCUUCAAUGUCUUGGUUGAUACACUUUGUAAGGAAGGGAUGGUUGUGGAAGCCAAAACUGUGGUUGACAUGAUGGUUCAAAGACAUGUUGAACCUACUGUGGUUACAUACAGUUCCCUUACGGAUGGUUACUGUUUGCGAGGAGAAAUGGACGAGGCGAAACAAGUUUUCGAUCUAAUGGUUAGCAAGGGCUCCAUGGUUAAUGUUCAGAGUUGUAGCAUAUUGAUAAACGGAUAUUGUAAGCAGAAAAAGAUCGAUGAGGCCAAUAAGGUUUUUCAGGAAAUGACUUGUUGGGAGCUUGUUCCUGAUACCAUAACUUAUAACACUCUUAUUGAUGGUUUUUACAAAGCAGGGAGAAUACAAGAUGCAGAAAAGUUGUUCUCUGAGAUGCAAACUUGUGGCCAACUUCCAGAUGUUCAAACUUACACUAUUAUACUUGAUGCCCUAGUUUGCAACAAACAACUUUCUAAGGCAAUAGAAUUGCUUAGAGAGAUGAAAGACAAGAAGUUGGAACUAAAUAUUAUAGUUUACACUGUUAUCAUUGAAGGUUUGUUGAAAGCUGGAGAAGUUCAGUCUGCAAAAGAUCUCUUCUAUAGUUUAUCAUCAAAAGCAGUUCAACCUGAUGUGUGGACAUAUAGUAUAAUGAUUAGCGGACUUUGCAAAGGAGGCCUAUUAAGUGAAGCAGAAAAUUUGCUGAGGGGAAUGGAACAAAAAGGCUGUUCUCCAAAUGAUUGUACCUAUAACAUAAUUAUCCGAGGUUUUAUGAAUAACAAUGAGAUAUCAAGGGCUAUGGAACUUAUUCAAGAAAUGCGUGAGAGGGGAUUCUCUGCAGAUGCAUCAACUAUGGACUUGAUUGUUGAUUUAUUGUCAAAGGAUACAGUAGAUCCUGUAUUAUUAGCAUGGCUUAAAGAUUCAGUCUGAAGUUAUUUGAAUAUUUGAAAUAACUAGGAAAUUCGAAACUCCUGCAAUCCUGCUCGUUUAGCAACCUUGGAUGUUCUGUGAAUCCUGUUUGUAAGUCCACCAUUGAAACACAAUAUCAGUUCUUGUUGCACUCCAAUUUUGAGCACAUUUGUUUUCUAUUCCAUUGUGUGUGUGUGCGCGAGCGCGCACACGUGAUAGACUGAAUGUUUAGUUGCUGGCAAUAAGAAUAUCUGCAGAAGUAUUUCUCAUUCAACUGGUAAGACAAGAAAACUGACAUUGCAUUCAUUUCUCUCUUCUAAUUCAUCUGUGUUUAAUAUCUAUGUCCUAAAGGGGCAAUUGAUUUUCACAUUUUUGUUUAAUUGUGAAGUAUGUCCCAGAACCUAUGACUUGUACAUCAGUUUGCAAAACGAACAUCCAAAAACUCUUUAUUCAAUAAAGGCCUAUAUUUUUAAUUUGAGCAUUUUGGGAUAUUCCCGGAUUUAUUGCUAAUAUUAGGCUCUUAGCUAGGAAAGAUAUGGAUAACCCUUACCUUUUGGCAAUGUUUCGGUUCCUUGAUGAUUGCUUCAGGUUUUUUAUUAUCAUCCAGUGCAUUUCUACAUAUUACUCGAUCAAUGCCUCUGCUUAUGUUCAAUCGAUUAUGGAGCUUGUGGAGUAUGGUUUGCACAACCAUAUUUGUAGGCUGGAAUGCAGAUUUGUGAACGAGAGCAAUAAUACUUCUGUUCUGCUCUGGUUUAUGCCUUUUGUUGAAAAGAAUGGAACUGUUGAGCUGAGCAUGCUAAUUAUGUUAGGCAAUUGUAAACUUUAGUAUGAGUAGUCACUCUGAUCUAGAAUUUCUAGUCAAGAAAGGAAAAGACUUGCUCGGUUGACUGCUUCAUCAUCACUGAACUAUAAUGUGGUUUUAUUCUUUAGCAGCAGGCCCCAAAUUAGGGAUUGGAAUAGGGUAUUGACUUUCCAUUUGUUUCAUUUUCUCUAGUUAGGUAUUUUGAUUCCCUUUGCCAGGGUUUGGCACCUACUGAUUUAAGGUCUGCCAUCUCUAUAUAUAUAGAGUUUUUAUAUUAAAAAUCAAUUUUAUCUCAAUUAUCAUUUUCAUCUUCCUCUCCUCUCAUUCUUUCUUUACAAAAAUGUUAACAAACGAGCACUUAAUUUUCUGCGAAUGUCUUUUUCUUGGGCAUGUUUCAUAAUCUUGAAGUCCAAUUUUUCAAUUUUUAAUUCUUCAUCUGCGUUUAUCUUUACAUUCCAUCUCCUUCUUAAAUGUAUUAAUUUGUUUGACGUCUGAUUUGGCUGUUGCAAUGUGGUGGAUUGGCAGACUUAUCUGGAUGGAAAGACGACCAUGUCAUUUACGAAAGGAGGGCCAGCAUCAAAGAAUUUUAUGUAGAUGAACUUGUUUGCCCUUGAUAUGUGUUGUGCUCAUAUGCUUUUCCAUUCACGGACGGGUGAUAUUUCCUUCUUUGUUGCAACUACGGAAGGGCAUCACAGAUUUGGAGGACAGGAAACAAAAAGAGGUUUAUAAUGUCAGAUUCAGAAGAAAGGAUGAGUUGGAGAGAGGAAAGCUCUCUGAAAUUGACAUGGAAAGAGCAGAGGAGUGUGGAAUUUGGAUGGAGGUGAACAACAAAGUUGUGUUGCCUAACUACAGUCAUUCAUUGUGUUUGAAGUGUUAGAGGACGAUGGUAUCUCUAUUCUCUACAAGGAACUGUCAAACGAAGAAGGAUAUCUGUGUAGCAAGGAGAUGAUGCGGAGACCUUGUGUCCGAGUAGAAUAAGAACAAAAAGCACAGCUGAGUGAACAAGAACAAAAAGCACAGCUGAAUGAACAAGAACACAAAGCAUUACUGGUUGAACGAAAAGAACCGCCUCUGUUUACAUACUGUUGCAUGCUUGAAUACCUAGCUCAACCCAUUAGCAUGAGUGAUAUUGAUGACUAGUAGAAUUGAAUUCUGUUUCUAAGAUUCAGUUGACUCAUUCAUAAUUGAUAUUAUUAUUUUUUGGUCUUCACUAUGUAGUUGCCUUGAAAUGUUUUGACAAGGUUUUUGGGACUUGGGAGGGAGUGUGUUAGACAAGGUCGUGCUCGUUUUGACGUGCCAAGAGUUCCCCACGACAUCUUUAAAAUGUCAAACCAUA